GUGUCAUUUACAGUUUUUAUUUAGAAUUCAAACACGACGUUUUUCAAUUGUGGUUUUAAAGUUUAUAAUUAAAGUACCUAGGUAUAUUACUUGUACAUUUUAUUAUACAACAUUGACAAGUUAUUUUUUAGUAAAUCAUUGGUGAUAAAAAAAAACAAUGACGGAAGUUCAAUUGCAAGAAUUUAAACUAGAACCAGAUUCAGAACUUAGGUUUGAAGUUGAGUCAAAGAACGAAAAAGUAGUUUUAGAGGUUAAGAGUGGUUACGCGGAGUUGUUUGGCACUGAGCUAGUUAAAGGGAAACCGUAUGAGUUUCACACGGGAGCCAAGGUUGCGGUAUUUACGUGGCACGGCUGCACGGUAGAACUACGAGGUCGCACUGAAGUCAGCUAUGUAGCAAAGGAAACACCAAUGGUGGUAUACCUCAAUGUACACGCUGCUUUAGAGCAACAGAGAGUUGCAGCAGAGCAGGAAAACACUCGGGGUCCAGUCACUAUGGUGGUUGGCCCGGGAGAUGUUGGCAAGUCAACACUGACCAGAAUCCUGCUGAACUAUGCUGUGAGAAUGGGACGCAGGCCCAUAUAUGUGGAUCUGGAUGUGGGACAAGGGCAUAUUAGCGUUCCAGGAACUAUUGGUGCACUUCUAGUGGAACGACCUGCGUCAAUAGAGGAGGGGUUCAGCCAGCAAGCCCCCCUGGUGUACCACUUUGGCCACAAGUCACCUGAUGAGAACCUAGAACUGUACAAUACUAUAGUCUCACGUCUUGCUGAGGUGAUUGCUGAAAGGUGUGAGAAUAAUAAGAAAGCAUCAACAUCUGGUGUGAUAAUCAACACAUGCGGCUGGGUGAAAGGCGCCGGCUAUAAAGUGUUGACGCACGCCGCUCAGGCUUUUGAAGUGGAUGUGAUAUUAGUGUUAGACAAUGAAAGGUUGUACAAUGAAUUGAAGCGCGAUAUGCCGAAGUUUGUUAAAGUCGUGUACCUACCGAAAAGCGGAGGGGUGGUGGAGCGGUCGAUAUCGCAGCGCGCCGAGCUGCGGGACGCGCGCAUCCGGGAGUACUUCUACGGGAAGAGGACUCCCUACUACCCGCACUCGUUUGAUGUUAAGUUCUCGGAUCUCAAAAUAUAUAAGGUGGGCGCGCCGUCGCUGCCCGACUCGUGCAUGCCGCUGGGCAUGCGCGCGGCGGAGGCGCUGACGGCGCUGGUGGCGGUGUGGGCGGGCCCGGCGCUGGCGCACCGGCUGCUGGCGGUCUCGUUCGCGGCGGCGCCCGACGACCUGGCGCUGCACGCCAACCUCGCCGGCUUCGUGUGCGUGACUGCAGUGGACACAGAACGACAAACUCUGACGAUUCUCUCGCCACAGCCGCGACCUCUUCCAAACACUAUUUUGUUACUCUCAGAACUACAGUAUAUGGAUAACCACUAAACCGUUAUAGAUGCGACUCUUGUAUCAUGUCAUUAAAUAUAAAAUAAUGU